AUGUUCGGUCAACUCAAGGGUCUGAGCCGUCGCUACUUUAUCCUCUUCGUCUUCAUCGCCGUUACAUGGUUCCUUGUCCACAACUUCCGGCCCAUCGAGCGCUACCGCACCGUCAGGAUCGGAACCUAUAACUACCUCCCCAGCAGCUAUGACUGGAGCAAGACCCAGGUCUUCCAUCCCCCGGGGAAUGUGACGGCACCUCCCAAUGCCACCGCCAAGAUCCUGCCCCGGGUCCAGUUCGACCGCUCUCAGGCCGCCGAUGACCAUGAGACCCUCUCUAAGAAGGUGGCCAUCAGGAAGGCCUUUGUCAAGAGCUGGGACACGUACAAGAAGCAUGCCUGGGGAUGGGAUGAGCUUGCGCCCCUAUCCCUCAAGGGCAAGACCACCUUUUCCGGCUGGGCCGCCCAGAUCAUUGAUGCCCUCGACACCCUCUGGCUUCUCGACAUGAAGGAGGAAUUCCACGAGGCCGUCCAGGUUGUCGCCAUGAUCGACUGGGCUCACACCCAUGAUGAUUACAUCAACCUUUUCGAGGUCGCCAUCCGUCACCUCGGUGGCCUCAUCUCUGCGUACGAGCUCUCCGACGAGGCCGUCCUGCUUGGAAAGGCCAUUGAGCUGGGCGAGAUGCUGUACGCCACCUUCGAUACACCGAACCGGCUGCCUUCCCACUGGCUCUACUUCAAGGAUGCCAAGAAGGGCACCCAAAAGGCUGAUGAGAGUAUGUCGGGCGCUGCAGGCGGUUCCAUGUGUCUCGAGUUUACUCGUUUGACGCAGAUCACUGGUAACCCCAAGUACUAUGAUGCCACCGAGCGUAUCAAGCAGUUCUUCUACCGAAACCAGAUGAACACCAAGAUCCCCGGCUUGUGGCCACAUGUCAUGAACUACAGGGAUGAGAAGGUUGACGAGUCUCGUUUCACCCUGGGAGCUGGCGCGGAUUCUCUCUACGAGUACUUGCCCAAGAUGCACGCUCUUCUGGGAGGCCUGGACCCCGAAUACGUUCAGAUGACAAAAACCGCUCUCGACACGGCGACCAAGCAUCUGCUCUACCGGCCACGAAACCCCAAGGACCUGAACAUUCUGCUGGCGGGUAAUGCUGUGGCGGGCGAGAGGGGUGAAUCUGAGCUCACCGCUGAGAUGCAGCAUCUGACAUGCUUUGUCGGUGGUACUUAUGCCCUUGCUGGCAAGCUCCUCUCCCGCACCGACUUUGUGGACCUUGGCGUGCGCCUGACAAACGGUUGUAUCUGGGCGUAUAAUGCCUUUGCUACUGGCAUCAUGCCCGAGAUUGCUCAGCUCGAGCCCUGUGAGACCAUUGAUGGCAAGUGUCUCUGGGCGGACAAGCCUGUCGAGAAGAAGGAUAAGCUCCCAGAGGGUUUUGUCCGGGUGCGAGACGCGCAAUACCGGCUCCGACCUGAAGCCAUUGAGAGUGUCUUUUACAUGUGGCGUAUCACCGGUGAUAAUGUCUGGCGGGAAGCUGCGUGGCGGAUGUGGCAGGCGAUUACCGAUGCCACGGAGACGGCAGACGCUUUCGCUGUGAUAAGUGAUGUUAACGACAGAAAGUCAGAAAAGCAGGACUCUAUGGAGACAUUCUGGUUGUCCGAGACAAUCAAGUAUUUCUACCUCAUCUUUGAGGACUCUGAGGUCCUGAGCCUAGACGAAUGGGUCUUCAACACCGAGGCGCACCCCUUCAAGCGCCCCAAGGGCCAGGAUCCGUACGAGGUCGAGACCAAGAAGGGCAAGUCGUGGUGGAGUUUCGGCGGAUAG